CCCAAGAUGGCAACCGAUUUUAGGAACUAAACAUACCAAAAACUUUAACAUAAAUAUCUUAUUUUUCGACCAGGGAAAUAUCCAUACCAAUCAAAAUGUCGAAGGGGGACAAUUCUUCUUCGGACAGAAAGGGUAGUGAGUUUAUUGUGGCUGAAAAAUAUCGGUUGGUGAGGAAAAUUGGAAGUGGAAGUUUUGGCGACAUUUAUCUUGGGAUCAAUAUUACAAGUGGUGAGGAGGUGGCUGUCAAGUUAGAAUCGACGAAAGCUCGACACCCCCAACUUUUGUAUGAAAGUAAAUUGUACAAAAUUCUUCAUGGUGGCGUUGGUAUACCUCAUAUUCGCUAUUUUGGCACCGAGAAAGAUUAUACUGUCCUUGUAAUGGAUCUUCUGGGGCCCAGUCUGGAAGAUCUGUUCAAUUUUUGCUCCAGGCGAUUUACAAUGAAAACAGUAUUGAUGCUUGCUGACCAAAUGAUUGGACGUAUUGAGUAUGUUCACAACAAAAACUUUAUUCACAGAGAUAUUAAGCCUGAUAAUUUCUUGAUGGGCAUUGGUCGACACUGCAAUAAAGUCUUUGUAAUCGAUUUUGGUCUAGCCAAGAAAUACAGGGAUAGUCGUACCCGAACACAUAUACCAUACAGAGAAGACAAAAAUUUAACAGGCACUGCCCGUUACGCUAGCAUCAAUGCUCAUCUUGGCAUUGAACAAAGUCGCAGAGAUGACAUGGAGUCCUUGGGCUACGUACUGAUGUACUUCAAUCGUGGCAGUUUACCAUGGCAGGGAUUAAAGGCCAACACCAAAAAACAGAAAUAUGAGAAGAUCAGUGAGAAGAAAAUGUCUACACCAGUUGAAGUCCUAUGUAAAGGUUUUCCAGCAGAGUUUGCCAUGUACCUGAACUACUGCAGAGGUCUAAGAUUCGAAGAAGCUCCAGAUUACAUGUACCUUCGCCAGCUGUUUCGAAUUUUGUUCCGCACAUUGAAUUAUCAGUAUGACUACACAUUUGACUGGACAAUGCUGAAACAAAAGGCUACUGUGACAUGUGCUAGCACCACUGCUGCUGCGACAAGUGGCUUGGCUCGUCCAUAAACUGAGAUACAAAGGCCAGUUUUGGGUGUCCUUAAUUAUUGGGGAUAUCCAUUCUCCAUUUAAAUGACUAAAACAACAGCGAGACAUCCAACAUGUUCAAAUGUAUUGGAUUGGACAAUGGAAGAAUUAUCAGUGAUUGUUGAUGGUGUAUGUUUGCCUGUGAUCAAGUGCGCCUCUAUGACAGUAAACACUGAUAGUGUUGUUUCCUGAAUAAAAGUAACUUGUGUAUCGGUUCUCACGUGCCCAUGUGACAUGUAAUUUGGAGACUGUAUAGUGUCAAAACAGUUUUACUACUAUCAAUGCUGAAUUAAUGUUUGAUUUAUGACUGACUUUGCAUAUGAUUAAUCCUAUCUUUUAUGGUUAACAUCUUAAUAUUUAGUGAUACAUGUAUAUUUAUUUUAUCUGGCAUCGAAAGUACUAAAGUUCAGUGCCACAUUGAACAAUUGUAGAUCUGUAUAAAUAGUAAAUUUUGACGAAACGUUUGUUUAUAAAUAAAAAUGUGUAACUUACAUGGAAGUUACAUACAGGUAGUCGUAGUUACCUGCUAAAUUUGCCACCGGAAGUACUUGGUAUAAGAACUUGAUUAUCUUUUUUUUUUGUGCACGCACACAAAAGCUAUGAUAAAUUAUAAUGUUUUCCCUAGAAAUUUGGCAAGGCAUGGUAAACAAAACACUGGGGGCAAUUUUGACCAUUUUCAGGGCACUUUUUUGCAUUAAAGACAAAAACAAUAAUUGAAAUAAACAAAUGUAAUUAAUGUUCUUGCUUUAAUAAAUGAAUUUCAAAAUAUAUAACAGAUAUUUUUAUUAAUUAAUAAUAUUUUUUUUUAGUGUUUUAUCAAGGCAAUUUUAGAAUUAAUUAUUGAAAAAGGCUUUUUUAAUCUCGGUGCAGCAUGGCACUGGUUGAGGCAAGAUGGUGCUAGACUAGUGAGGCAUGGUGCUGCGCCAUUCUAAAACAAGCUAGGGAAAACACUAAAUUAUGCAGUAAAAAAAGAAUUCCUUUUAAAUGCAGACCUGUAGGAAUAACAAAAAUUCUUUAUUUUUCUAAAUACAGAUGUAUUAAUACAUGUGGGUCUGAAGACUUAUUCUGACUGACUGGAAGAUUCCUUCAGCAAUAACUGAUAAUUGCAAAUCGGUUAUCCAAGCCAUCAGAGAGAGUGCAAUCGGACCAAAUUGAAAUUUUGCUAUUACUGAGUGAAUUAUGAAGUUCAUAAGUAAGAUUGUUUAGCAAACGUGAAAUAUGGUUACAUUAAUUAAUUGGUUAAUAUUAGCUAUAAUUCUGUAAAAUUAAUCAUAAAAUUGUUCUUUGUAUGGUCAGUAAGCUGAUUAGUCGCUACCCAAUGUUUUAUUUGAAGUAAUUCAGAUAAAGAUAUUUUGAAACAAAUUAAUUUUUGGUUUUGUUUUUAAAAAAAUGGUUAUUUAGUUAAAAUAUCCCAUUGAUAAACUGUAACAGGGAUUUUGUUCUUUUGCAAAAUUUUCCAUUAUCUUCUCUCUUUUUUUUUAAUGGUUCAUCAUGUUCUAAUUUUUACAAAUAUAAAUGUGUACAAUUAAUGUAUACAGAUGUUUCACUCAAAUAAUUACGUAACGUAUCAUUUGCUCCGUUUUCAUCUUCCAUGACAAAGUAUGUAGAAUGAUAAAAAUCAAUGCAUGCUGACCGUAUAGUAAAGUUUGUUUUUAUUUAACGACGCCACUAGAGCACAUUGAUUUUUAAUCUUAUCAUCGGCUAUUGGACGUCAAACAUAUGGUCAUUCUGACACUGUUUUUAGAGGAAACCCGCUG